AUGAAGCCACCCCCUCCCCCUCCCCAGGAGUGCAUCAUUGACGAGGACUGCGGGCCCGCCAGGUAUUGCCAGUUUGCUAGCUUCGAGUACACCUGCCAGCCUUGCCGGGACCAGCAGACGCUCUGCACCCGGGACAGUGAGUGCUGUGGAGACCAGCUGUGCGUCUGGGGUCACUGCACCAAGGCAGCCACCAGAGGCGGCAACGGGACCAUCUGUGACAACCAGAGGGACUGCCAGCCUGGGCUGUGCUGUGCCUUCCAGAGAGGUCUCUUGUUUCCUGUGUGCACACCCCUGCCCGUGGAGGGUGAGCUGUGCCAUGACCCCGCCAGCCGGCUUCUGGACCUCAUCACCUGGGAGUUAGAGCCUGAUGGAGCUCUGGACCGAUGUCCGUGUGCCAGUGGCCUUCUCUGCCAACCCCACAGCCACAGCCUGGUGUACGUGUGCAAGCCGGCCUUCAUCGGGAGCCGUAGUGAGGACGGAGAAAGCCUGGUGCCCAGAGGGGCCCCCAACGAGUACGAAGAUGGCAGCUUCAUUGAGGAGGUGCGCCAGGAGCUGGAGAACCUGGAGAGGAGCCUGUCUGUGGAAAUGGCUCUUGGGGAGCCCGGUGCUGCCUCUGAGCUGCUGGAGGGAGAAGAGAUUUAGACCCAGGCUUGUUUUGUGGGUAGACAUGCAAUAGAAAUAGCUAAUUUAUUUCCCCAGCUGUGUCCUCUAGGUGUGGGCUUUACCGGGCUUUUUUCCAUGGCCUCUUCCCAGUACAUGUUCCCUCUGGCUUGAAACAAAAUGAGGUGCUGUGUAUUUGCCCAACACCCUCCCAGACUGUGCACGGUUCCCGUGCCUGGGGAAGAUGGGGGUGUAUGGGAGGGUGGAGGGCUGCUAAACUGGUCCAGAUCAUUGGCUGCUUUGCCUCUGCUGGUUGGCACCUGGCACAUUUCAUUUUGUUCUACGUCCCUUGGAGAUUUGUUGGAGGGGAGGCAAGGGGAAAGGAUGCAGA